CGUUAAACACCCAAACUCCUGUCCACUAGGCGGAGGAAAAGCACGCCAUGAACUCCGUGAUAAUCACGAGAAGGAGAGAAAUGGCGAUCUCCAGUGAAAGCGUGGAGGGUCUCAUAGGGACUUUCCGUGAGUCUCUAAAAGCGCAAGGUUUUGAAAUUUAUCCUUUCAAGGUCGGCUGGUACAAUGCAGUGUUAUCUCCUGCCCAUCACCUGCAUUACCCAGCAGACACUCUGGCUGUGGUGGUCCUGAGCUCUCCGUCCAUGUUUGAGCGCUCGUUCCUGCCCUUCUUACGGAGCCAGUGCUGUGAGGGCCUCAGGGACCCCAUCGAUCAGUGCAGCGCUCACACCGUCUCCUCCGCUGUCUCGCUGUGUUUUCCCAGUCAGUCUGUGGAUGUCAGUUAUGAUUAUGAGAUGCUGCCCAACAGAAGACCCAAGUUUCUCGCACAGACUGCCGCCCACGUCUCAGGAGCAGCGUACUACUACCAGAAAUCAGACGUCCACAGUCCACCAUGGGCUGAUAAGAAGAUGUUUGGAGUCUGUAUGCACCCUAAGCUGGGUGGCUGGUUUGCUAUCCGAGCCCUGCUGGUCUUUAAGGAUGUGCGAGCGGGAGCGGAUCUUCAGCAGAAGGAUCCUCCAGACUGUGUGCGCUCACAGGAGGAGCGGAUCGAACUGCUGGAGAGGUUUAACUUCCGCUGGCAGGACUGGAGCUACAGAGACAUGGUGCCCACAGAGGAGAGGUACUCGGAUCAGCAGAGGGAGUAUUUCAGGACUCCUCCAGGCCAGCGGGGGGAGCUGCUCAGACACUGGGGCUUUCUGACUGACACUGACUCUGAGAAGCAGAGCUCCACGAACAAACAGGGCUGAUUCUGCACAGCUUCUUAGCCGUUUUCCCAAAGAUGUGUUCUGCUCUGUGGAAGCUUGUUUUCACCACAGAAUAAAAGGUAAUUGAGAUUUUUUAUCUCGCAAUUCUGACUUUUUCCUUGCAGCUGCCAGUUUAUAUCUCACAAUUAAUACUAUUUUUCUCAGAAUUGCAAGUUUAUAUUUGCAAUUUGGACUACAUAACUUGAAAUUGUGAGAUUAUAUCUCAAAAUUCUGCCCUGUUUGGUCAGAAUAAUCAGAAUCGUGAGAUAACUUGCAGUUACCUUUUUUAUUUAUUAUUUUGUGCUGGAAACAAGCUUCCAUAUGCUUGUUUUGAGUGGCACACAAUGUAUUAACACUGUAAAUGAACAUUGUUUUUAGGUUUCACGUUCUAGUCUCACUGUAUUUGACAUGCCACUACAGAGAAUAUGUAUGACGUUUAUAAAUGAUCAUUUGUUUGUUUAAUUUUAAUUUAAUAAAACAAAGAGAAUAAGG